GACAUUUUUGACAUUCUGAUUAUUUCAGACAUCGGAGAUUCAGAUGACGGAGGUUCAGCAGCCAAAGAAAAUUGUGUUGAGCAUGAAAUUUUUUAAUGAAGAACACCAGGAAAAGGCGUUCGAAAAGGUUGCUAGCAUCCCAGGGAUAAAAAAGUUGGAUGUAGAUCGAAAUGAUAAUACUGUGACAAUAAUCACGAACAUUGAUCCGUCAUUGAUCGCAGACAAAGUGGGAAAAUACUGCCUUACAAGAAUAUUAAGAGACGAACAUGUAUAAGAGCCUAAUAAAUAA